GUGACCGCUGGUUUAAAGGGUUUAACCAACGAAGCUACAGCUGCGAUCACACUCACGCACAGUGACAUGAGGCGGACUACAGUCUGGAAGAAGCGGAUUCAAUUCUCCGAAUGACACCCGCGGGUGAAAAGGAUUUCUCCUAAGGAAAUGGAUGUGAUGAAUAUAGAUCUGCGACCUGAUGGCCUACAAGAGACGAAUGGCUUCAAAGGUAAGGACCCAGACUGCCGGAAUGGUUCAGAGAAGGAGGAGGAGCCUCUGCUCCGGGAGAACCCCAGACGGUUUGUGGUCUUCCCCAUCCAGUACCCCGACAUCUGGAAGAUGUACAAGCAGGCACAAGCCUCUUUCUGGACGGUGGAGGAGGUUGAUCUAUCCAAAGACUUGCCACACUGGGAACGUUUGAAACCUGAGGAGAAACACUUCAUCUCCCACAUCCUAGCCUUCUUUGCUGCAAGUGAUGGUAUCGUCAAUGAGAACCUGGUGCAGAGGUUCUGCCAGGAGGUGCAGGUGCCUGAAGCUCGCUCGUUCUACAGCUUCCAGAUCCUCAUAGAGACUAUUCAUUCAGAGAUGUACAGCCUGCUCAUCAACACUUAUAUCAGGGAACUGAAAGAGAGGGACUACUUAUUUAAUGCCAUUCAGACGAUGCCUUGUGUGAAACGGAAAGCAGACUGGGCCCUCCAGUGGAUAAAUGACAACAAAUCCACAUUUGGGGAGCGAAUUGUGGCUUUUGCGGCAGUGGAGGGCAUCUUCUUCUCUGGCUCAUUCGCUGCUAUCUAUUGGCUCAAGAAGAGAGGAUUAAUGCCUGGCCUUACCUACUCCAACGAGCUGAUUAGCAGGGAUGAGGGCCUGCACUGUAACUUUGCCUGCCUGCUGUACAGCUACCUGGUGAAGAAACCAUCAGAGGAUCGGGUGAAGGACAUCAUCACCAAAGCUGUUAGCAUUGAGCAGGAGUUUCUGACAGAGGCCUUGCCAGUGGAUCUCAUCGGAAUCAACUGUUGUCUGAUGAAGCAGUACAUCGAGUUUGUGGCCGACCGGCUUCUCGCUGACCUCGGACUGGCAAAGGUAUACCACGCUGAAAAUCCAUUUGACUUCAUGGAGUCCAUUUCACUAGAGGGGAAAACCAACUUCUUUGAGAAAAGAGUGGGAGAGUAUCAGAGAUUUGGGGUGAUGUCAAGCAUGACGGACUGUGAAUUCACUCUGGAUGCAGACUUCUGAAAUGGAUAUGGAAUUCUGUUACGCAAUAUUUAUAUAUAUAUAUUUUUACUUUAAGCAGGUAUUGACGAAAAAACAGCCAAGUCUCUUUUCAAUACUAUCACAAUAUUACAAUGGACAAAUGAAUGGUCGACAGGUUAAAGCUUUUAAAAGGGAUUGAGAAUUACGCCUGGAGUUACUAGCAGCCAAUGUAGUUUGCAAAGUGACACGGAGCGAACAAAUGGAUCCUUCAAGCCCUCUUCAUGGCUGGGUUUUUUUACAUUUACAAGGGAGACGCAUAGGUUUUUGUUCAACAUAAAUAUCUUGAUUCUUCUGUACUUUACUGGAAAUUUGAAGAUGGUUAAAGUGGCAAUCUCGAAUACUUUUAUUUAAAUGAGUGUCCUAGAGCUUCAUUGUAUUGUGUACACACACACAAAAUGGAAGUAUGCACACAAUUUACGACUCCAUACUCUCCAUGGUUUUCUCAAAUACAACUUUUACAUCAACUGGUACUGAAGUCUUAAGGAUUUAAGGCCACUUUAACAUCUAGGAUACAAUAUAUUUCUGACUGCAGUUCUGGCAGCUGGAUCCCAAUUGUAGUUUUUAGCAUUUUGU